CCAGUGUGUUGAGGAAAUCGGCUGUGGCCUCUUUAGUCUUCCCCAGAUGAAGAAAUUGCCCUCUUGAAGCACUAAUUGAAAUCACCAUAUAUCGGGGACAGGAGCGGGGAGCUGACGGCUCAGGUGAACAUGGCCCAGCUCAGGGCAGCCCUUGGCUUGGGCCCCGGGGAGGAGGACAUGGGUGCAGCUCAUCCCUACUCUGGCUAUGAGGCACAAGGAGCCAGGCCAAAGAGACUCCAAAGGAACAGCAUGGACAGCUUAGACCUCCUCAAAUUCCCUUCUGAAAAGGACCAGAACGGGGACAGCCACCACGUGGGAGAGCUGAAGAUCUCAGGGAAGGAGUUCUUGUCAUUACCUGCGAGAACGAAGAAAUACCGGGAGCACCGCUCCAGCUCGGAGAGGAAACCCCAGGGGUCAGGUGCUUCUCCUCUGGAUGCUGGGGGAGUGCGAGGCCAGGUGCCACAGUCGAAAAUCAACCGGACCCCUUCGGACGAGGAAUGCUUCUUUGACCUGUUGAGCAAGUUCCAGAGCAACCGGAUGGAUGAUCAGCGCUGCCCGUUGGAGGAGUGCCCGGCCGAGGCUGCGGAGGCAGCUGCCACGCGGGUCCCUGCCCUGGGAGAGCGGAUAUCACAGUCCACCCUGAUGGCAUCUCCACAGACAGAGGAGUUCUUUGACCUCAUUGCCAGCUCCCAGAGCAGGCGUCUGGAUGACCAACGUGCCAACGUGGGCAACCUGCCCGGCCUGCGGAUAACCCACAACAACCUGGGCCACCUGCGUGUGGAGGGGGAUGCCCAGGAGCCCGGGGACGAGUUCUUCAACAUGCUCAUGAAGUGUCAGUCAUCCAGGAUCGAUGACCAGCGCUGUGCUCCACCAGACUCCAUCCCCCGGGGCCCCACCAUGCCCGAUGAAGACUUCUUCAGCCUCAUCCAGCGUGUCCAGGCCAAACGCAUGGACGAGCAGCGUGUGGAUUUGGCCUCAGCCCAGGAGGAGGCUGAGGAGGAGCAGCAGAGGCCUGGUUCCAGCUAAGAACUGGGCUUUGGUCUGGGGGGGUUGUUUCAGCUUAUUUUGUUUUUUAAAAAGGAAAAAGAGUAGGCGGUUUCAAGCCCAAAUGCUUCUGUGCUCCCAGUCUUGUCCUGGGAGCUGCACCUCCAUCGUGUUCCUACAGGACAGCCCAACGGAUGUGGGACAGUUUUUAAAUAAGGGGUUUUUUUAGGACACUUGGCCACUGUAACUCUGGGCACAGCACCUGGAAGACUUUAGCAGCCCCUUGCUCAUCACCUAAAACCCCAGGAACUUGGAGGAGCCCACAGGGGGUAGUUAACUCCAGCCUUGAUGUCUUUUAUUUCCACACUUCUAUUUGAACAGGGAAAGGGAAGAACACCUUUUCCAUUUUUAAGUCCUCCUGUCUUCCCUGACAGAAAUGGCUCUGGAUCCUUUUCUGGAACAUCUUGUUCAGCUUUGUUCCUUCUACAGGAGAAAAAGAGCCCAAGUCCUUUAAACCUUACUCCACCCCAGCUGCAUUGUGGUCCCACACACCUGAGUGUAUUUUAGUUUUGCUGAGGACUCUCUGGAGAACCUUGGACAUUGUCUGCUUCCAGCUGCAGCCCUGCAGGACCUCCUGAGCAGGACAAACCCUCACUCACCCUGAGCUUUAGUGGGAUUUGUUACCUCUGGAGCCCACUGCACCCCCAUGGCAGGGGCUGUUCCUGGGCAGGAGGAAGGAGGAAAGAGUCUCUGCCCCAAGUGUUCAGCCCAUGGCAAGCAGGGACAGCUUCUGCUCCCACUGAGCCAAUGUGAGGGUGUUCAAGACAGAACCUGUGUGUGACAAGAGCCCUGCUUCAACAGCCAGCAAAGCUUUCUGCCCAUGGCUCGUCCCUCCUGCAUUCUGUGUCCAACAGCAGCUUGGGCCAAGGGCCCCUCCCUCCCCUUGUUUCUCCCUGACCCAGCACUGAGCUGCUCGUGAUGAGACACUCUGGUUCUGUCCGCCUGUCUCCAGCCACUGGAGCCUCAGGAGAGCCCCAGCCUGGGGGGCUGGCUGGGAACUCACAUUUACUGUCAUUCCUUCCCCUUUUGGACCAGCUGGAAAAGCUGGAGGAGGGGAGCAGGGACCUGACUUGAGGAGGUGCAGUAUUUUUCCUUUGCUUGACCAGAGACUAUGCUGGACUUCAGAAACUCCAGCGCCGAGUUGUGCCGAAGCAGCGUCGUUCCUGCAGAGAAUAAAUCAGCACUUUCCAUUCAAAAUGCAUUUGAUGGAAACAUUCCCAACCAGCAGGGAGAUAUUUUUAGACCAGUGAUGCUGCUCAUGGGGCAUUUACCCUGCCUGCACUGACCAUGUGGAGUGGUAGCUGCAGUUUACCUGCUACCUGGGAGCACUCACCUGCUGCUUGGCUGGGGCUGGGUAGAGCUCUGGAGAGGGGAGAGGAGGAGAUGCCCAUCCUGUACCUACCAGCUAAGCUGGCAUUUGUAAAAGAGGAAAACAAUGAUGAUGAGUACCUGACCAGCUGCAGGCUCAGGCCUCUGCAGCUCUCAGCCAGGUGGUGAACUGGAACCUGACCAUUAAGCUUUCAGAGGUAUUAUUGAGGUAUUAUUUGCCAUAUACUUGAAUGUAUGAGCUUAUUUAUUUUUUACAUGUGCAUUUGCUAAUGUCAUUUUAAUGGGGAAUUUCCAACCCACAGGUACUUGUUUUUUUUCUAAAAAAUAAUCUGCCAAAUGGAUUAAUAUAUUAGAAAUGAGUACAGCUCAAGGGGAAGGGGUGGGGGGAAUUGUGCUUAAUAAAUAUUUGUGUCUAAGCUUCAGUGCAAA